AUGAAGUUUGUUCUUCGUUAUAGUGCGUCCUUCAUAGACCGCACACGUCAAUAUAGUAGUUUACGUGAACAGGCUGUACGUGUGAUGACCGAUAAAAUUCGUACAAAUUUAGAGACAAACUCAAACCUGUGGCUCAGUGCUUCGGUUAUGGAUGAACCGACUGUCUCUAUUUUAGAUCCAGCACCUGGCUAUGCACUCACAAGUCGGCACUCGAAACUGUAUCCGAAUCUUAGUCUAGACUUUAACAAAUCUAUCACGGAUGUGAAUGUAUCACUUGCUUAUCUAUCAACAGAUCCAAGCACAUUAGUCGAUCCAUUUGAGCUCGUGGAACAAGAUAUGGUGAACGUUACAAACAGUAUCAAGCGUAUCUUGGGUUCAGAUCAUCCCGUACUAGCAGCAGUCGCACGAUAUUUUUUUGAACAUGAUGGUGGCAAGAAAGUGCGCCCGACGAUGGUCUUACUAAUGGCACGGGCUGCAGAAGCCCAUCGUCGUGCCAUUGGUACUCCAUUACCAGAGACACAGUCGGAAGAAUAUACGCAUGCAGCACAACAGCGACUGGCUGAGAUUACUGAAAUGAUCCACACGGCGAGUUUAAUGCACGACGACGUGAUUGAUGAGGCCGAUACACGCCGUGGUCGUCCAUCUGUCAACAAAAUAUUUGGUGCCAAAAUGGCUGUACUAGCUGGUGACUUUCUGCUGGCGCGUUCGUCGGUGUCACUCGCUCGCCUACGUAACUUGGAAGCCGUUGAACUCAUGUCUACAACAAUUGAGCAUCUGGUGAAGGGUGAGGUCAUGCAGAUGAAAAACGCUGAUGCUCGUGACGAUAUUUCUCCAUUUGAAUACUACCUGCGCAAGAACUACUACAAGACAGGUUCCCUCAUGUCCAACAGUUGUAAGGCUGCGCUGGCACUCGGUAAACACGACCAGCACAUUUGCGAUCUCGGCUUUGCGUUUGGUCGCCACAUUGGUCUUGCCUUUCAGCUGAUCGACGAUGUUUUGGACUAUGAGGGCGUGAACACGGGUAAGCCAUUGCUGGCCGACCUUAAGGCUUGUCUGUCAACGGCUCCACUGCUACUCGCACAAGAGGAAUUUCCAAUUUUGCAUAAGCUAUCCAAGCGAAACUUUGCCAAGGACGGCGACAUUGAAAUGGCUAGUGAACUGGUAGAGAAGAGCACAGGUAUCGCACGAUCAAAGUCGCUAGCUAUUGAUCAAGCAGAGUUAGCCGCUCAAGUAGCCAUGCAAUUUACUCCUUCACCCGAGCGGGAUGCCAUGGUGCGACUAGCGCAAAUGGUCGUGUACCGGUCCAAAUAG